UUUAUUUUCAGCAAUUAGUUUAUAAAUAACACUCAUUGAGUACGGAGGCUUAAAGGCGAUUAUCUCAAAAAAUGCUGCUGAAAUAUUGUCCUUUACUUUUGCUGGCUCAGUUUUUAAUAGCGGCAGCCAGUCCCACCAAUCUUCGAUUGCCCGAAUCCGGGGUGCCAUUGCAAAAGGAACUGGAACGGCAGGCAAAGGCGGAGACUAUCAAUCUCCUAAAUUCCCUGUUUCGUUCUCAGAUCGCCUAUUUCACCGAAGUGAAAGCUGCUUUGAAUCCCCAGACGAAGCGUUCUCAGCAUAUCAAUCUUUACAUAACUCGGUUGAACGCUGCCAUUGAAGAAACGGACAUGGACGAGAAAAAUAAAAAGUGGAUGGAGAUUUUUGACGAGUUCAGUGCCUCUCCAUUACUGAUUAACCGGGAAGCUGAAACUGGUCUCACCGACUUGCAAUACAAGCAGAUACUUACCGGUCAAAAACUAAAGGAUAUAUCUGCCAAGUUCGUGACCGAUGUGGCUGAUUACUUCUGGAAAAUAACCAAGCUCAGUGGCAGAGUCGUUAGCAAUGAAUUAUCAAACGCUGACCAGUCGUAAAUCUCAAUAAACCCACUCGUGAAUCGAUCAAA